AUGACUCCAGUAACAUUACAGCCCGCCAUCUCACUCCUUCCCGCUGAGCUACUCCGUUCUGUCUUGCAACUCCUCGUUACAGUCAGUAACUCCACAUUCACAAGUCCUCGAACUCGAUUUGGGAACAAAGUACAAUCGUCCGCGCAGUAUUUGCAUGUGUCGAAGUCGUGGCUCGAGGCUGGGACGCCUUUGCUCUAUCAGACAGUCGUGCUGCGCUCUGCUGCGCAAGUCUGCUCUCUUCGCUCAACGCUCGUCACGUAUCCCGACCUUGGAUUAUAUGUCCGAAAUCUCCGUAUUGAAGAAGGCGCAUACUACGCAGGUAUUCAGGAGAUCGUGGAGCGGACGCCCAGGGUUGAAGUUCUGGUCUUAAGUCUCGUUCUAUAUCGAGCAGUUAAUCCUUCAUAUCUUUGCCGGGCGCUUGCCUUCCUCGACCCACGCAAAGUAGUACUUCAUGAUCUCGGGAGCACGAUUAUUCGGAAUUCAUCCAUGGACAAAGUCGUUAAGACGUUAUGUAGGAUGAUGAUAGAUUCCCAGUCUCUAGAAUCAUUUGAGUGGCAUGUUCAGUGGCGCAGUAAAGUGUUUACUAUCCCUCGUACAGGCUAUUUCGCAGAUGCUUUGAUAAAAGCACCGCGGUUGCAUUCAAUUGCUAUCUCCGGUUCGCGCAACACAGGGAUUCCAGCUCUGAUUGGCAAGCUUCUCGACAAAAGCAUUGCAGAGCGGAUCUGUAUUGUCGACUGUCCUGUAAGGAUGAAACGAAAGAUCAGAGCCGGUAUCUCUCGGAAGCCAGGGGCUCAGGAGCGAGUCAUUUUCAUCGAUACCUUCAAUGAGCUCAUGGACAUAAGAGGAAACUUAGAAGGAUUGUCGAGUGUUUUCCAGCUUCCAAAAAGCUCAUCCCGACUCCCAGAUAGCAUACUAAAGCGGAUCGUGCACCUUGCGCUUUCAUCCUUCGAUAUGAUGAACGAGAACAUGUAUUCAGACGGAGUGGAUGAAACCCAGUUCUACACAUUUGAAACUGUUAUUCGUAACUUCGAGCUCGUCUCAAAGCUUUUUAAAUCCUUUUCUCGACCCUUCAAGUUUCUACAAGUUUCCAUUACCGACUUCUAUUGCGGGAUGCAGUUCUUACAAGACCUCCUCAGCGAGCCAAUCAGCGAAAUACCACCUUACAUCAGCAGCGUCUACGUCACAAGCUAUCCACGAUCAGUAAUUGGCGCUGAGAAAGAGGCUCGGGACAUCUUCCUCAACGCACUAUGCAGUAUGACGCACCUCACUGAACUGAGUAUCCCGGCUCGACCCGCUGACAUCCGCUUACUUGCACGUUAUCUUGGAGGAACACUGAUGAAGUUUGAUAUCUACCUCGAUUCAGAUGCACGGGCAGAUGACGAAAUUAUUGGUGGGGGAGAGGUUUUGGUCCCAAAUGACUUUGAGGGGUUUCAAUCGUUGGAGGUUCUCUGGCUGCGAUGCAGUGGAGUUAUACCCGUGAUUGAAGAGUUAAAAAGAGACGAAUGUAAUACAAGCAUUAGUGAUGACGCAAGUGUGGGAGUGAAGUUCGAGCGCCUUCGCACGCUCACAAUCCAGGAUUAUGAGGACGGCAGAGUGUUUAAGCUAAUCUCGCAGUGGAAUUUAAGCACAGUAAAGCGACUGAGCUUGGCAGGAUCUCUUUAUAAAAGAGCUAGGACUGAAGUUGAUUUCGUUUAUAAUGUUAUUGCAUCCGUGCUUGAGAAUGGUCAGGUUGAAACGCUCGUUCUCGGGCACGGCGGUGUCGACCCUGACAUAGAGAUUCUAUCCCGAGCCCUUUCCAUCAAUAAAGUGAAGAAACUCGAAAUCUGCUUCAGCCACGAAACAGCGGUCAUCCACCAAAAGACACACAUCAUUCCUGUCUUCACCCGACUCCGAACCGAAGUAGAAUCUAUCCCGAAGGACUCUCGAAAACUUGAGAACGUUCAUAUUCGCUCGCUGUUCAAGUGGCCAUAUACUCAUAAUGAACUGCGGAAGAGUAUAUGGCCAAAAUGCAUUGAUACACUUGUUCGAGACCAUAAUAUCUCCGUGACUAACUACAAAGGCGUUCCCUGGCGCCCUAGGCUCACGCUACCACGAUAA